GUGAUCUGUACUUCAGCAUCAAGAUACUACAUUAAACAUGUGCCGUAUUGUGUUAACAGUUUUUCUGAUAGUUGGCUUAAGUUACGUGGAAGCUUCGGGAAACGGCACAAAAUGUAACGGUUUUAACGCGAACUUUGAUCUUCAGAAAAUAAUAGGAACGUGGUAUGUGGUCGCAAUUGUACCUGAAGCCAUGUUUCCUGACAAGCAGAAGGUGCCCUGCUAUGAAGUGGAGUUCAGUGAGAUUGAAGAGUCCGGUCUCCGAUGGCUCAUGAACGCGACCCACAUAGCACCACACCCAAAAGAUCUAUUCGACAAGAAAGGAAUCUACAUAAGACAACGCUAUCACUCGGAGCACUCAUUCGACGUCUGGUCUAAAUCUCUGGAGGGGGCUAAUGGGUGCUUCCAGCAAGUUAUGUCUUUAAACACCGACCUGAGCGAUAUAAUUGCUAUUGUUGCUUCAGCUGACCGACCAUCCGAAUUUGCGAUUCCGCCUCGCCAUCGUCCCGGUGAUUGGCCUCCGAAACGCUUGAACGCUCCCGUUUCAGUGAGCGUCAAGCACGCCCUGUCACAUGAUGCGAGGAUGCAGCUCCACAUGAUCGAGACCGGUAAAGAGAGCGGCCCCUUCCUGCUCCAGAUCCUGUGGGGAAACCACAUUACGGGGGUCAUAUAUCAAAAGAGCCCAAUUAUUACACAAGAGAAGUUGAAACCUGUAUCUGAAGUGAUGGUGAAACUUCGCGGACCUCAAAGAACACCGAAACUUUGCGACAAAAGAUUGAAAGAUUAAUUUAAAAUCA